GAAGAAUACAGUGUAAACACAUACGCUCGCUCCCCCUUUUUAAGCCAGAAGAUGAGCUUCUUCAGUUCGCUACAGCAAUACGUGACGAGUGGGGUAGCCGGGCUUGGGUUGAAUCCACGGCGGUUUUCCCUAUCGCGUCAAGAAUCGACCGAAGGCUCUUCCGGCCCGUCCGGUGGUCAUUCAUCCUCGUCGUCGUCCGUCCCCUCACCGUACGGUAUGGGAGGUACUGGUGGCGGCGUGUCGGGUGGUAUGGGGCACAGCCCAGGCCCAAGUCCGGGAGGACCCGGAAGCAGCAGCCAAGGAAUGUGUGGUCUCGGUUCAGGCGGUAGUAACAUCGCAUCCGGCAGUGGAGGAGCGGGUUCAACCGGGCAGGGUACGGGUGGCACAUCGGCCGCGGCAGGAGCAUCGCUCGGCUAUGGCAAGGUGGCAACACCGUCCUCCCUUGCCGCACCAGGCACACCCCCGAUCCGGCGCCAGUCAUCCGGCCGUGGUCUCGAUGCACUCGUACCGCCACCCCGCCAAGGAUCGUUCCGUGGACGCAGCUCACCCAUCAAUCCGAACCCGCCGGACAAACCGUCGUUUUCCGUAUGGAAACGGCGGCCGUCGUGGCCCGAGGUGGAAAUUAAGUCGUCAUCCGGUGUGCAGGAAAAUGAUGGUUCCUAUUUCGAAAGCUUCACUGCCCUGUCAUGGAAAAGCGAAAACCGGCGCAUGUCUGCCGUGCGUGCGGUGGAGACGAGGGCCGAGAUACUGCCGGAGAACGACAACGAUCGGUUGCUGGAGGAUGACAUCGAGCGGUCGGAACAGAAGGAGCAUCUCUACCUGGACGUGCUGUACGCGAUUGCGAAUACGGUUGGAGCGCCCGCACCUGGUGGACAGUUUGCACACUACAAAGAGGAGAUGUACCUUCAGGCGCAACGCGUAUUCAACGUGUCGGCCGACCGGCACUACCGGCUGCUGCAUGCCGCUACCGAGGAAAAGCCCAAAAUCAUCGUGCUCACCGUGAUCGUGCAGGAAGCGGAAGGGCUCGAGGCGAAGGAUGCCAACGGUUUCAGUGAUCCAUAUUGUAUGCUCGGCAUUCAGCCUUCUGGUACACCACCACCCCCCUCACCACAGCCCCCAAUGACACCGCGCACCCUCUCCGACACCGGCAUGGACAGUCUCGAUUCGCCCGAGCAUGGGAAGCUGCGCAAACAUCACAGCUUUCGGUUGAGCUUCAAGCGUAAGGAUGGCCGCCAGCAACGGGACUCGGUUGGCCCGGUGCCGGCAAAAUUCAUCCGUGCGACCUCCGUCAAACCGCACACACUGUGUCCGAAGUGGAAUGAGAAGUUUAAAUUUGACAUCGACGAUAUCCAUUCGGAUCAGUUACAUCUGGACAUUUGGGACCACGACGACGAGAGCAGUGUGCUAGACGCUGUAUCGCGACUGAACGAAGUGAGGGGCGUUAGGGGUUUAGGUAGAUUUUUCAAACAGGUAUGCCAGUCGGCCCGUCAAGGCUCGCAGGACGACUUCCUCGGUUCUAUCAAUAUUCCAGUCUGUGAUAUUCCUUCAACUGGCUUGGAGGGUUGGUUCAAGCUGGAGGCACGUAGUUCACGCAGCUCCGUGCAGGGUCGCAUACGGUUGAAGAUGUGGCUAUCGACGAGGGAGGACCGCGGCACCUCGGAGGAGGACAACACGCUCGAGGUGAAAAAGUUUGAACGACUGCAGACAAUCUUCAUGAUGCAUGAGCUGAACGCCUUCGAUCCGGCCUGGAAGUGGAAUGGCGAGUUGGCCGGACCGUCGCUAACCAUCCUUCACCAGAUGGCUGUGCAAAGUGAUCUAUCGGAUCUACAAAUUUCUUUAGCAAAGUUGGUAGCUAUCAUACGAAUCAAUCGCAAAAAGCCCCUCGAUACAAAGUUCGUCCACCGGCAGCUGAUCGAGGUGGACAAGCUGUGGAUCAACAACUACAACAACGAACCCUUGACGCGCGAGCUGGAACAAUGGUUGGCUGACUCGUUGAACGGUUUCGUCGAACGAUCGCUCUGCCAGAUGCGUCGCCAUCGGGAAAUAUUUCCCGCCCUACAUCCUCCCUCGCUCGUACGGUUAGAGUAUCUGCUGCGCUGUCUCGGGCUGCUCGGUUCAAUGCGAGCCUUCCGGCAGGUAAGCCCCUUCAGCAAAGGCGUACGGGGCGAGAUAGUGGGAGCAUUGCGGAAAGGUUCCACCACGUGGUCCCAGGCGCAGUUACGGGAAUCGCAACGAUCGCCGAACCCGCUGGUACAUUAUACAACGAUACUGAUAGCGGAUCUGCAGCUGGGCAUCACCUACUAUCAUGGACUGUUCGAUUCGACCAACGGCAUCCAGUACUUUAGCAUCGUUUACAAGCAGUUUGAUUCGUUGCUUGCGGAGGAGGUAACCAAUCGAAUCGAGUGUGGCCAGCUACCCGGUACGAUAGUCAAUCACUGGACGAUUUUGGACCACGAUCGGGAACCCGAUACCGCACCGUUUGAGAUCUAUUUCGCACUGCAAGAGUUCCAUAACAUGAAGUCUCACCUGUCCGUAACACCGCAACCGCCGGAGAAACCGCUCGGACUGCAAAACUUCCACGAAUGGUUCGAACCUGCCGUUCAGCGAUGGAUUUCGGUCAGCAAAACGAAGGCGAUUCAGCGCAUCAAGGCAGCCGUUAGUGUCGAUCAGGUGUGCGAAGGGGAACGUAUCGUGCGGCACAGCACAUCGUCCAUCGAUACGGCCUCGUGCUUCUAUCAGAUACGCGAGUUUUGGAAAAAUCUUGCCUGGCCGGAUCACAGUUCCGGGGCGCACUACGAAACGCUCAUAAUUGAUCUGGUCUGCACGACGGCUAACGUUUACUCGGAUCUCAUCCACCAAGGGAUGACCGACGGUGGUGGCACAGGAUAUUACGACAAGCAAGCGCAACAGCAACCCCGCUCAACCGAUGAGCUUUGUGUGAUCGUCAACAAUCUGGAGUAUGUACGCCGUGGAUUGGCUGAGUUUCAUCCCGAAACGCAUCAGCUGCCGGAAAACGCAGAAACCUUGCUAGAUAAUACGAUCGCUCAGCUGGAAGCAAAGGCCGAUCGAGUGCUCACGAAGCUAACGGCAUCAAUGCAAGGUCCGUUGCAAAAAUCCGUUUUCCAUCUGGCUUGGUCGCCCGAUUCGCUGCCCGCCAAUCAAGCAGUAAUGCCACUGCUGGAAUAUCUCGACUCUCACCUGGCAACGCUCAACGUAACGCUACUGUCGCAAAACUUUUACCGCGCCAUGACGCUCAUCUGGAAUAGCGUGCUGACGGAAUUUGCCAAACAGAUGGAUGCCGGUGGUGAAGGCGAAAAGCCAACCAACUUUCACGAUCGUAUGUACGGGGCGCUUCAACUACUCGGCGAGUUCUUCAAUGCGGAGGGGCUCGGGCUGCCACCGGAGAUUCUGCACAGUGACACAUUCUGGCGAGUGGAACAGCGUCUGCAGUAUCACAAAACCGAUACCGACCAUCUGAUCGAUCUGUUCUAUAUGCAACGGCUACAGGAACAGCUCAACACGAUCGGUCAAACGUCGCUCGGUUCGUUGUCGGUCAAGGCGUACCUUAACCACGAUUCACUGUGUGUGGAAAUUUUGCACGCUAAAGAUGUGAUUCCACUAGAUCCAAAUGGUUUCAGCGAUCCGUUCGUGAUUAUCGAACUGUUGCCCCGGAGGGUGUUUUCGCACUGCUCCGAACAGCAGACCAAUGUGCAUAAGAAAACGCUCAACCCGGUGUUUGACGAAUGUUUCGAGUUUUCCGUCACCCAGGAACAGUGCCAGGUAGAAUCGGCCAUGAUAGUAUUCACCGUGAUGGAUCACGACGUGCUGACGGCAAACGACUUCGCGGGCGAAGCAUUCCUGGCACUGAACAACAUACCCGGUGUGGCCACCAACUUUAACAUCGAUAAUUUUAACGGUCUCGCACAGAUCGAUCUGCCACUGCUGGAAAUGAAAGAUAAAAGUCAUCCAAUUUUGCAAAUACUUGAGGGACGUGUUAACGACAAAAAUGCAAUGGAUUUUCUGCGCAAGCAGAAGGCUCGUGUUGUUGGUUAA